GCUCAUAGACAGCAAGAACCUGGGAAAAGGACAGUGUUUUUAUCGGCCGCUCUCUUCACUUGCCCUCUCCAUGGCUGUACUUGAGGGACUUCUCCAGACCCCCAGCACAUUCUCUCUGCUGGUUGCUGGGUUGCUGUUGCUGUUUGCCUAUCUGUACUCCUCUGGUGUAGGCAGCCCAGGGAAAGGGACAGAGCCUCCGGGACCCACACCACUGCCCAUCAUCGGCAACCUGCUGCAGCUGGACCUGCAGAAACCAUACGACACACUGUGCAAGCUCUCCAAAACGUACGGAUCGGUCUUCACGGUUCACUUUGGACCUACAAAGACUGUCGUCUUGUCAGGAUAUAAAACGGUUAAGGAGGCCCUGGUUAACCAUGCUGAAGAGUUUGGGGAUAGGGGUGUCAGUCCCGUAUUCAAGGCUAUAAACGAAGGACAUGGAAUUAUCUUCUCAAAUGGAGAACAGUGGAAAGAGAUGAGACGCUUUGCUUUGACAAACCUGCGGGACUAUGGCAUGGGGAAAAAAUCCAGUGAGGAAAAAAUCAUUGAAGAGACACGAUACCUGUCAGAGGUGUUUGAAAACUUUAAAGGUAAAGCAUUUGAUACGACUCAGCCGGUGAACUAUGCUGUCUCAAAUAUCAUCAGUGCCAUUGUGUACGGCAGCAGGUUUGAUUACAACGACCACAGGUUCAAAGCCAUGGUCAACCGAGCCAAUGAGAACAUCCGACUCGGUGGAUCUCCAGCCGUUCAGCUCUACGCCAUGUUCCCUUGGCUCGGUCCGGUGCUGGCAAAGUGGCGAAAGUUGAAAAGCACAUCAAAAAAGCAACUUGAAGAGAUGGGGAAGCUGAUCAGUGAGCUGCAAGAGACUCUCAACCCCUUUGAGCAGAGAGGAUUUGUGGACUCCUUCCUUAUCCGAAAACAGAAAGAAGAGGAAUCUGGACAUAAGGAUACGUUCUUCAGUCAGGAGAAUAUGGUCUACUCUGUAGCCAAUCUGUUUGCAGCGGGCACAGAUACGACAGGGACGACUCUGCGCUGGGGGCUGCUGCUUAUGGCCAAGUACCCUCAUAUACAGGACCGAGUCCAGGAGGAAAUAGACCGGGUGAUUGGCGGCCGGCAGCCAGUGGUGGAGGACAGGAAGAGUCUGCCCUUCGUGGAUGCCGUGAUCCACGAGACCCAGAGGCUAGCCAACAUCGUGCCCAUGAGUAUCCCGCACACCACCAGCUGUGAUGUCCACUUCCAGGGCUUCUUCAUCAAGAAGGGCACGACGGUGUUUCCCCUGCUGACCUCCGUGCUGCAGGAUGAGUCCGAAUGGGCCAAACCAUACGCCUUCCACCCUGAACACUUCCUGGAUGACCAGGGGCGCUUUGUCAAGAGAGACGCUUUCAUGCCCUUCUCUGCAGGUCGCAGGGUGUGUUUGGGUGAGAGUCUGGCUAGGAUGGAACUCUUCCUCUUCUUCGCGUCUCUUCUUCAACGCUUCCGUUUCACUCCUCCUCCCGGCGUCUCCGAGGACGAGCUGGACCUCACCCCGGCGGUGGGUUUCACCCUCAACCCUUCCCCACACAAGCUGUGUGCAGUCAGUCGCUCCUAGGUUCCUACCACCAUGUAUAUGUAACCGAGGUCGUAAUUUGUCCGCCUCUCACGCUCACGGCCCUCAAAGCCGCACACCUCAACACACACACAUAGAGGAACCUCAUCACAUGUUUAAAUGUAAAUAUUAUUUAGCGAUGUAAUACUGAGGUAAUACUGAGGUAGUAGUGAGUAGCGAUGUAAUACUGAGGUAGUUUGAUUUAUUGCUACCUCAUAUUUUAGUCUGUAUAGGGAUACAGAGAAUGUUUGACAUUUUGGUAUUGUAGGCUAUUUUGUUGUGAAAGUGUUCUUGAACUGAAUUUCCCAGUUUUUUUUAAAAAGAAAUCUAAUUAUUUUAGAUUAUUUUAUUAAUAUAAUAUUGUAAUGGUAUUCUUAUUCUGUUAAAUAUUCCUAUAAAUCAGCAAUAUGUUGUGUAAUGACCAUUUCUGAAGUUUUCUUUGUAACUAAUGCACCAUCUUUAAAUUAAUUUUGAUGUGAGUGUGUUCAUCUACAGGCCAGAUAAACACUGUUGUUAGAACAGGACACCAUUAUGUUGGCUACAGUAGCCAAGAGACACCAGCUAGCUUGCUAAAACAAAAUAGCUUGCAGCUGCUUUAAAAAAAGAAAAAAAAAUCAACUUUUGAAGUUAUCCAAAGAAAGAAAUAAUAAGAAAUAAUAAAAAA